AUGUCAACUUUAGAACAAAAGAUAGACGAUGAAGAAGCUCAAUCUGAAAGAACUGGAUAUGUUCCUGAUCCAUUAUCCAAUCCACAAGAAUGUACUAAUUUAGAUGUUAUUCCUAUCAAUAACAGUGGUGUUCUCGAUGUUAAUGGUUCAUCAGUAUCUUCAGAUGAGAUUGCUAAUUACUUUUUGCACAAAAUAAAAAAUAAUGGAAAUAAUGAUCAGACAGUUACUGAAAACGUUUACCUAAUUCCACAUUCGUCGAAACCUGUAAAUGAAUAUUUCAAUCCAAAAUUAUUAACAGGUUUAUAUCCAACUUUAUUCUGUUAUGGACGAGGAGCACCUGAAGAUCAAUCACGUCCAAUUGAAAUCAAAUUCAAAGAACAUAUACGUUAUCUAUUAUCUUAUAAUGAUCGUCGUUUUGAAACAAAUCACAGUUUCAUAUUUGUAGUCUUCAAUUUAUUGCAACGACGUGAUGCUUGUUUUCAUGCUCAAUUGAUCGCAACAAAACCUUAUUUUCAUGCAUCUGCUAAUGAAAUUCAAUCAAUAAAUAGCAAAGAUAUUGAAAUGGCUCUUGACAACAAUUCCAAAAGAAAAUACAAUACAGAAUCAAAUAGUGCAUUAAACAAACUUUUACAACAUAUUAAAACUAUUGGUGGUCGAGUUAUGGGUUCAGCAUAUUCAAGAACAGCUUUACGUACUCGAAUUCAUGCACUUAUUUUUAAUCAAGGUCUACCCAGUAUAUUUCUUACAUUAAAUCCGGCCGAUAUUCAUAGUCCUGUGGCAUUAUAUUUUGCUGGUGUUCAACUCAAUUUAGAUAAGAUCCAAAAUGAACAACUUAUGGACACUUACAAAAGAGCUGAAAUUAUAGCAUCUCAUCCAGUUGCUACUGCCAAAUUUUUUCACUUAUUGAUUACCAAUAUCUUAGAUGCUGUGAUAAUGGGUGGUGUUCUUGGACCAAUAAAGGCUUAUUUCGGUACUGUUGAAAGUCAAGGCCGAGGUUCACUUCAUUUACAUCUGCUUAUUUGGCUUGAUCAUGAUAUGAAACCAGCUGAUAUGAAAGAAAAAAUUCAAGAUGCUACUUUUCGUAAUAAGUUAAAAGCAUAUUUAGAAGAUAUUAUCAAAGAAGAUUUAGAUGAUUUCAAAGAUAAGCAAGUCAUCGAACCUUCAGAUGUAGUGCCGAGGUCAUUCAACACUCCUACACGAUUAUCACAAGACAAUAUUUAUACCGCUUUACGUACUAUUGAUUUGACAGGCUUUGCAGAAAAUACAGAUGAAUUUCCAAUUCCGUCAACACCGGCGAAACAACACCAAUCUUCUCCAUCAAUUCCUUACAGAUCCCCAUCAAUUCCUUAUAGGUCUCCAAUAGUAACACCAUUGCCACAAACGCCAGCACAUGAUCGAUCAACAAUCAAUAUGAAUAUUUCAUAUAAUCAAUUAAACCUACUUCCAGCUUGCUUACCUACUCCGAAUCCAUCAUCGCCUAAUUUUAUAUCACGAUUUCGUGCUGAUGUCACACAACUCGUUGAGUCGGACAACACUCAUAAAAAUAGUGACAGAUGUUACAAAUAUUAUAAUGCGAAUCGAGGUGACAAGAAGAUUUGUUGUAUGCGUAUGCCACGAAAACUAGUACCAGUGUCGACAAUCGAUCCUGAUACAGGUCAUAUUUCGAUGCGACGAUCAGAUCCAUGGAUCAACAAUUUCAACGAAUAUCUUAUUUCAGCUUGUCGUUCCAAUAUGGAUAUUAAAUUUAUUUGGACUGGUAGUGAUGCUAAAGCUUUAGUUUAUUACAUUACUGAUUACGUUACCAAGAUGAGUCUAUCUUUUCAUGAUACAUUUUCUCUUGUACAAAAAAGUAUCACAUCAUUACAAAAUUCAAACAAUCAAUUAGAUAACGAAAAUAUAAUUGAAAAAUCACGUAAACUCGUUCUGCGUUGCUAUAAUACACUUGCUUCUCAACAAGAAUUGUCUGGUGUUCAAGUUGCUUCUUAUCUUAUGGAUUGGAAUGACCAUUACACAACACACAAGUUUCAAGGUCUUUAUUUAAUUCAAACUGAACGAUUUUUACAAAUUGAAUUGAAUGAAAUGCGCACGAAGCAAAAUCUCCAACUAGCAUCACAUGAUGUAAUUGACAAUGAAGAUGUGUAUGAUGAUGAAAUAAUUAAUGAUGAAAAUAGCGACGAAGAACAUUUCCAAGUUCAAUCGACAGAAGAUAAAAACAAUUUUAUACUUGUUAAUACACGCAUUGAUUAUCAAUAUCGUUCAGACAACCUCAACAACACAUGUUUAUACGAUUUUGUCGGUACAUUUUAUAGGAAAAAAAUCAAUGAAACAGAUUUGAAAUACUUAUCAAACGCUUCUACGACAGAAAAACGACAAGAUAACCAAAAAGGUCGACCAUCUAAUGAACGUUUUUCUUUUCAAGAAGAGCAUCCUCAAGCAGCAACACAUAUACUGAUGAAAUACAGUCAACUUCAUGUACCGGUUCUUUAUGGUCCUCAAAUUUCUCGACAAGAUCGUGAUGACACUCGUGAACGAUACAAUCGAGCACUUCUCACACUUUUUGUACCAUGGCGCAAUGCAAUUGAUCUUUGUGACGUCGAUGAAACAUGGGAAGAUGCAUUUGAAUCUCGAAAAGAUCUUAUUUCUGCCCACUCGUGGAAGAUUAUAGAAAAUAUUCAGCUUUUACAUGAAUGUAAAAAGGACCGUGAUGAACAUUUACUUCAAGUUAUUGCUGAAGCACAAGUCGAGAAUGAUUCGAUUGAUCCUGCAUUUUUACCAUCGAAUCAAGAUGCUGAUAGUGAAUACGAAGUAGAUGAUAUCGACGAUUUAAUUCAAUUAAUAGGAAAUGUAGACGAAUUUACAGUUGCUGCAAUUAAUGCAACGAAAAAUUCAACAGAAAAUGUGUAUAUUCGAGAAACUGUUGAAGCCGUGGAAAAGGUUGGACGGUUUAAUCAUAUGAAUCAACAUGACCAACAUGUUUCAAAUACAGUCAUCGAUCGACAAAUUGUACCAUUCGUUUCCGCAACGCCUAAUCUUAUUAAACUUAAUUCAAAAUGGCAAGACCAACUGAAGAUUGAAAAAGAACGAGUUAGACGCAGCUUAAUUUCGGGGAAACACUCUAAAGAUGAUGAUACAUUGGAUUUUAAUGAUGUAACUGAUGCCGUUAUAACAGUCAUUAAUCCAUAUAAUAAUCAAAGCAAUUUUGAAAAAUAUUCGUCAAUUCCUCCAGUACUUGUAGUUAAAAACAAUUUUUCAGCUCAAAAUAGUAUCAUUGAUGAAUUUACAUUGAAUAAAGAACAAAGAGCUGCAUUUUUGAUAAUAACAAAUCAUCUUGAUGGUGACAGUCGAUGUCGCAAAGACGGCAAUAAUGGUCAGCUCAUAAUGUGCAUACCUGGAUGUGGUGGAACGGGCAAAUCACAAUUGAUUCGUGCUCUCACAAAAUAUUUUUUUAUUACAAAAAGAAUACAAAUGAUGCGAAAACUUGCACCUACUGGAAUUGCAGCAGCUGAAAUUGAUGGUAUGACAAUUCAUUCAUUUUUAGGCGAACAACGUAAUUCCGGAAAGCCACGCAUCAUUAAACCAGGUAAUUCCAAACUUGAAAAAGAAUGGAGACCUGUCGAGUAUCUCCUAAUUGAUGAGAUGAGUAUGGUUGGCUUAACUUUAUUAGCAAAACUUAACAGAAUAAUAUGCUCUGCAAAACAUGUCGAUCCUCAAGUUCCAUUUGGUGGUGUGAACGUAAUCUUCUUUGGUGAUCACUUACAAUAUCGACCAAUCUAUGAUUCACCAUUACACACCGAUUUUUCAUUACCAUCAAAAAAGAAACAAGGCAAACCAUCAUCUGAAAAAGAAAUUCAACAACGUGUUGCAUGUUCCUUAAUUCUUCAAAUUAAUUGUGUGGCGAAACUUACACAACAGAUGCGAACAGAAGAUUUACGAUAUCUUCAACUGCUCGAUCGACUUCGCCAUGGACAAUGCAAUUAUGAUGAUUAUGAAUUAUUGCAAACACGAGUUGUUGGACAGCCAUCAAUAGAAUCUCUACAUGAUUCACCAUGGAACAAAGCUCCUAUUCUCGUGUUUCGAAAUGAAGUUCGCACACAAUUAAACAACAAGGCAGCAAUUCACAAUGCAACACAAAUAGGUCACCCACCAAUGGUAUGCGUCGCUCAAGAUACUUGCAACGGCAAACCAGUCGAAGAUCCAAUAUUAGUUAAAAGAUUAUUAGCAUUAUCUGAUAGCAAAACAGAACAUUUACCUGGUUUACUGCCUUUUGUUCCAGGAAUGCCUGUUAUUUUAACACAAAAUAUUGCUACUGAACUGGGUCUUAUCAAUGGCAUUAAUGGAAUAUUUCGACAACUAGUAUAUCAUGAAGAAUCGGUGUCAACAGAAAGUUUAUCGGAAAUAUUUCCGAAUAACACGCAAUAUAUUCGUCGACCAAUAUAUGCUUUGAUCGAAAUUACUAAGUCGAAGAUUGAAUGCAAACUUGAAGAUCUUCAACCAAAACUUAUUCCAAUUCCGUUAGUUGAACAAACAUUUCGUGUCGACGUUGCCGAUAUUCUUCCAAAAGACAAAAAACCAAAAUCAAAUCAAAAGACAAUUUUAUCAAUUAAACGAUCUGCACUACCACUUGUACCUGCUUAUUGUAUUACAACACAUAAAAGCCAAGGUCAAACUUUGAAUAAAGUCGUUAUUGAUUUGAAACUGCCAAAUGAAACUGAUGAUAUUGCAGCUGUAUAUGUACCACUAUCUCGUGUGAAACGUUUGGUCGAUCUAGCUAUCCUACGGCCAUUCGAUUACAAAGUUUUACUUAUGAAACCAAAUAAAUCUCAAGUAGCCGAAAUGGAACGGCUUGACCAACUAUAUACAAACACACAAAGGCGUUUCUCAGAGUGGUUUCAAUAA